UAUACCCCACCACUUUUCUUUAAAUAUUUUCAACUUUCCUCAAAACAUUAAAUCAUUCAUCAUAUUUGAUAUCUUCAUUCUUCUCUUUACUACUACUACUAGCAUCAGUUUGGAAGAUUGUUUGGUAGCUGCAUAUUGAGAAGCUUUUAAACGUAGCAACUACAAUGGCCAAUGUUGUGGAGCUUAAAGUAGGUCUGCACUGUGACGAAUGCGUCAAGAAAAUCUUGAAGGCAAUCAAGAAAAUUGAAGAUAUUGAAACGUAUGAUGUGGAUACACAACUAAAUAAAGUGACAGUAACUGGAAAUGUGACAACUGAAGAGGUCAUCAAAGUUCUUCACAAGAUAGGGAAACAAGCAAUCAACUGGGAUCAACAAUCAAGUUAAUAGUUAAUAAGCCAGUGAGCCACUGCUUUAUUGGAGUGUAAGACGAUCUUGCAAUUUCAUAUUAUAAGAGUAUCAACUUAUUACUAGUUGUCCUGGUUUGAUCUUUAUGUAUUCUUAUUAUAUUGCUCCUGUCGCGGAGAUUUUGGAAGUACUUCUACAUUCUAAAUCCCGACUGAUCAACCAAAAUCUGAUAUCUAAGGUACUAAUCACAAUAUUUGUACUAGAGUUUUGUAUUUUUACUACCUUACCUUUA